AUGGCUACUGUUGCAGAAAAACAGCUUUUGGUCCAAGCAAUGGGGCGGCCAAGCUUCCUCGGCCAACUCUACGAUGCGCGCUCAUCCCAGCUUCUCAACUAUCCGCUUUUCCCAGCCAACAAUAUUGCCGACAGUACAGUGCAGGAUGAAACGGGUUUAACAAUCCACAAAUACGAAAACGUCACAAAUUCCAAACAACGAUCAGAGCUACUUGAUCUCAAGGCCUCCAUGUCACUCACAGUUCUCGGCGGCGAAAUCAAAGCUGACGGAUCCGCCCAUUUUGUCGAUAGAUCCGAGAGCUCAGAGAGCUCCACAGCUAUCGCUGGAGUGGAGAAAAGAGGGUGGUAUACCCGACGUCUAGAUACUUCAGAUGAGACACUCCAGCACUCAGUUGUCAUGAAGCCUGCGAUGAAGAAAGCUGGCGCUACACAUGUCGUAACCGCCAUUUCAUACGGCGCCAACAUGUUAGCGACUCUGAAUGAGACAGAGAAGAGUAGAUAUGAUAGCACAACCGUGGGAGGGAGCCUGAAGCUCGAGGUGCUGCAGAGCAUUGGGCCAUUUGGAGGAGCGACGGGUGAAACAGAACUUAUCCUCGAAGACAGGAAGAAGCUGCACAAGCAUGAGCUUGAGAUCCAUCUUGUAGCCGACUACUUGGACCCAGAUACGAUGGGGGCCAAAAUACCAACCACGAUGCUGGAGCUCUCGAGCAAGUUACGCAAAGCAAACUCUCUCCUAACAGUGCCCGUCCCCGUUCUCCUGACAAUGUCGCCGUUAUCACAGUUUUCCAAAUUCUCGGUGGAGGCAUUUUACCGGGAGCUCCACGAGGCUGUUCUCGAAAAAAGCCGUCAGCUUUUCGACGAUCUACAGACUGUCAGUCAGGACGCAAACUUCCUGCUCCGGAGUGCAUUGCGGUUAUAUCCAGAGCACUUCCCCAGCAUGAUUGCGUCAUGUCAAAAGGCAGCGGCCGACCUAGUUUUACUCGUGGAUGAGUAUCGUGGCGAUCUGGGCCGCUUCCUGCGUACCUCGAGGGAUGGUAGCAGCCCGGAAACUGAAAAUGGCGGAGAUGGAGCAUCCUCAACUGCAGCCUUCCUCCCGACCUGGACUGCGAAAUAUGAGGAUGCUAAAAACCAACAUGAGAACAAUACGAUUCUCAUCAAUCAUUCGGAACGGAUAAGCAACUAUUGUGCCACGUAUCAGCUUCCUCUCCAGUCGGCGUAUGAUAUGUCCAUCUUAAUGGCAGCCAGUACCGCGCGCCAAAUUGUGGUCGUAGUCAUCCCCGAAGAGGUGAACGUAUUAGGCCUUGAGAAUUUCGGAAAGGACCUGGUCAAUACGGUCAAAUUACUCGAAAACAUCAACACAAACCCUGAUACUGGUAUUGUAUGCUGCUCCAUUUAUGCCGAUAAGCUUUUGUUCAAGGAAUUCCAGCAGCUCGAUGGCCCGAGCAACACCAUCUUGGAGGCCUGCAAUCGAACACAGAUGACGAAAAAGCCAUGCAUAGUAUCCUAUGGCAUAUCCUCAGUACUAGGCGACUCUGACUGGACGGCGGACCAAGGCCCGUCGUCUUGGGGCUCCAAGUACAUGAAGGAGGAUUUGGCAACGUACAUUGGAGACCUGGACGAAGAUGGUAAGCCUCAUGGUUACGGCAUAAAGAAGUACGUCGGGAACGAGGCGCAUAUUGGUACAUGGUUCCACGGCGAUCGAGAUGGCCGUGGAAAGCAUGUACGGCUUUCGGGCAGUAGUGGAGGGGAAAUGGAGGAGCUCGAGAAGGGCGUUUGGGUGGACGAUGUGCUGGAGGAAUGGGGAGUCGUAGUCGAUGUGACUGUCUACAGGUCCAACUCUGCAGGAAGUGACAUCCCCAUCGACAGCGCCACCACAGCCCUGGUAUCACAUCCACUCUACCCAAAAGGACAAUCUGCAACACUAGGUGAGGCAGCAAGGCUCAUACCAAGGCAGGUGAAGAAACUCGCUCGCGUCUUCAGCGACUGGAAGAGCCUCGAUCUUCAACAACGAGGAGAGUCGAUUUACUUCAACACAGUAUGGGAAGUGCCGAAGGAAACGCAAAUACAAGAUGUAACCUUUAUCUACGCGAAUCAGUACGACAUUAACCGCUCAGGGACCUGGGUGGACUUGGAUACUGGUAACGUGGGUGUCCUGUGGGAUAAUGGUUUCUCAUAUGGCAUUAUCGGUAAUUUGUCUAUGAAUCCUUGGCUUUUGGGGUAUAUUGAUGCUGGGCCACCGUUGUCUGGAGUUGAACCCGUAAAAGAUGCCUCGGGGCGGUCGAAGAUUGAUAUUCGGGAGAGAGGCCAAAACAUCAUGGUUACUGCUAAAGUGACCCGGAAAUGGGACCCCUUUAAACGAUGA